AAAUCCAGUUGCAAUGGAUCUUCACAGAGAUAUGAGAGAGGAAUCACGUCUUUAUCAAACUACUCUUCUUCAAGAUGGACUGAAAAAACUUUUGGAUGAGAACAAAUUUAUUGAUUGCUCACUGAAGGUUGGCAGUAAGUCCUUUCCUUGUCAUCGGCUUAUCCUGGCAGCCUGUAGCCCAUACUUCCGUGAGUAUUUCAUUUCAGAAGAAAAUGAGAAGAAACAUGAGGUAGUUCUGGAAGAUGCUGACGAAAUUAUUGUGGCUAUGAUCCUCCAGUACCUGUAUACUUCGGAGAUAGAACUGACCGAUGAAAAUGUGCAAAAUGUUUUUGCUGUGUCCAGUCGCUUUCAGAUCCCUUCUGUCUUCACGCUGUGUGUCACCUAUCUUCAGGAAAGGUUAUCUGUUGACAACUGUCUAGCCAUCUUCAGGUUAGGACUUCUCCUAGAUUGUCCUCGGCUCGCUAUCUCUGCUCGUGAAUACGCCACAGAUCGAUUUGAACAGAUUUCUAAAGAGGAAGAUUUUAUGCAGCUUGCCCUUCAUGAGCUGAUCAGCCUCAUUGCAAGUGACACUUUAAAUGUAGAGAAGGAAGAGGUUGUGUUUGAAGCUGUAAUGAGAUGGGUACGUACUGACAAAGAGGACAGGGCCAAACAUUUUGGAGAAAUAUUUGACUAUAUACGUUUUCGCCUUAUGACUGAGAAAUAUGUCAAAGACCGUGUAGAAAAGGAUGAUAUUAUUAAGUCUAAUCCAGAUUUGCUGAAGAAAGUUCAGACAGUUAAAGAUGCAUUUGCUGGGAAACUCCCUGAGCCCGCUAAAGGAGGAGACAAAAAGGCAAAGAAAGGAGAGAGUGCUGGAGAUGCAGUAAAUGGCGAUGAAGAUCUCCCUGGUUUCUUGAAUGACAUUCCAAGGCAUGGCAUGUUCGUUAAGGAGAUGAUCAUGUUCAUUAAUGAUACAAUGACUGUGGCAUAUGAUCCAAAUCUAAAUGAAUGCUUUCUGGCCGCAGUAAGCAAUUUGAUUCCUAAAAAUCAUGUUAGCCUGGUUACAAAAAGAAACCAAAUUUUUGUUAUUGGUGGCCUGUACGUGGAUGAAGAAGUUAAAGAACACCCUUGCCAUUGCUAUUUCUUCCAGUUUGACAGCAUUGCUGGGGCAUGGAAUGGUUUACCACCAUUGCCUUCACCCAGAUGCCUCUUCGGGUUAGGAGAAACUGAGAAUUUCCUUUAUGUGGUUGGUGGCAAAGACCUCCAAAAUGAACAGUCGCUGGAUUCAGUAAUGUGCUAUGAUAUGAACAAUCUAAAAUGGACAGAAUCCAAAAAAUUUCCUCUGAAGAUUUAUGGUCACUCUGUGGUUUCACACAAUGGAUUAAUUUAUGUUAUUGGUGGGAAGACUGAUGAUGCUAAAUGUGUCAACAAAUUAUUUGUCUACAACCCUAAGAAAUCUGAGUGGAGGGAGCUGGCAGCCAUGAGCAAAGCACGAGCCAUGUUUGGAGCUGCUGUGCACCAAAGUAAAAUCUGGGUUGUUGGAGGGGUGACCGAAGAAGGCUUGACAGCUGCAGCAGAAGCAUAUGACAUCGUGAAUAAUAAGUGGGAGAAAGUGCCAGAAUUUCCACAAGAGAGAAGCUCGAUAAAUGUCAUCAAUAUGGCUGGAUCACUUUAUGCCAUUGGAGGUUUCGCUAUGAUUGAACUGGAAAAUAAAGAAUACGCACCCUCAGAAUUCACUGACGUGUGGAAGUAUGAAGAUGAAAAGAAGGAAUGGAGUGGCAUGCUGAAGGAAAUUAAUUAUGGUGCAGGUGCCACCUGUCUUCCUGCACGCCUCAAUAUGUUCAGACUUACCAAAUUAUAAAUAGUUCCUUGGUAUUAAUAUUGCUGCUAAAUAAAACAGUUGGUAUAUGGUGCCAACUGGAAUUCUACUCUACACCUACAAAAAAAUAGAUAAAAUUUAUAUUUAAAUUUCAAACAAGCCCAAAUAGAGUCAAUGAUUGUACCAUGAUGCUAUAACGUGUCAAAGGCUAAAGAGGAUAUACAUGUAUACGCUGGUAAGAAUUUGCAAUACAAGAUGAACGCAAUUAAUGUUAAUUUUGAAAUACAACAAGUAAAUUGCAUUUCCAGCAGUUUAUAUCAGUUUAAUUCCUCAAUUUUAUUUUAUAAAUGUCAGUCUGGAACUUAAAGCUUUGCUUAAAAUUGUAUCCCUCUCAGCACUUUUCAUUUACUAACUGAAAUUUUCUGAAUUAAUUCCAUAAUAUUUACUUAUUGGAUAUAAAGCAACCUGAGCACACUUUAAAAAAAAAAUUGGCCUUUCCCUUCCUGACCAACUCGUGAGAAUUGCAUUGUUUCUUUUUCUAAGGCAGACUCUGUCCAUAAAUAGUACAACUAUAUACUUAUGGAAAUUAUGAUAAUUUCACCAAU